UUUCUAACAAAUACGACUUGACACUCAUCCGCUGUGUUUGGGACCUACGAGGAUCAGCGGAGAAACAACUAUUUCGAGCCAGAGACCCGAACUAAAGCCAAAAACCAGAGGAAAUGGACAUGAAAGAAAUGCUUUCGGUGGAGCUACGCCAACGGUCGCCGAAAGACGUCCAGGAACUGGUUCUGGACAACUGUCGAGCCAGCAACGGACGAAUUGAAGGCCUCACAGAAGAGUUCUGCAAUCUGGAGACGCUGAGCCUCAUCAACGUCCGCUUGACCACUUUAGAAGAUAUUCCCAAACUGGACAAAUUGAAAAAGUUGGAGCUGAGCGACAACAGGAUAUCAGGGGGUCUGGAAGUUCUGGCUGAGCGACUGAAGAACUUGACGCAUCUUCAUCUCAGCGGAAACAAGUUUAAAGACAUCAGCACGCUAGAACCACUGAAAAAUCUGCCUCAGCUGAAGAGUUUGGACCUUUUCAACUGCGAGGUGACCAACCUGUUCGACUACAGAGGGUCCAUUUUCAAGUUGCUCCCCAACCUCACCUACCUGGACGGCUUCGACAUAGACGAGAACUGCGAGGCGUCAGACUCCGAGGGCGAGGUGGAUGAUGAUGAAGGUUGCGACUCGGAAGACUUUGAGGAUGAAGAGGAGGACGACGAAGAAACAGUCGCGGCAGUAGAUGAUGACGAUGAAGAUGACGAUAGCGGCGACGAUGAGGACGGCGAUGUCGACAGUGAAGACGACUUGGAUGAUGAAGAUGAUGACGACGAGGAUGAGGACGCAGAAGACUGCUCGUCUCCGGCCGCCAAAGGAACGAAGAGGAAGAGGGACCCCGACGACAAAGAUGAAGAAGACGAUUAAUUCUCUCACCAACUUUACCGGCUGCAUUCCGUUUCUCCAACUGGUUACCCCUCACCUGAUGACACACGAUUUUUUUUGCGUGUUCUGUUUUUUUUCUUUAGUUCAAAUAACUGACAUUGAAACUUAAGUUGACUUUCCAAGUUGGAGGAGACGCGGCUCAGUUUUGUGUCCAUGUCGCCGUGUCGUCCCAAAGUUUCUCAGGAUUUCGUGCUCCGAGUAAAACCCAUCACAAGAAGAUUAAGGGAUGUUUGUCACGUAUCGCUAGAAUGCUCAUUUUUAUAUUUAGUCUGGUUAAAUAUGCAAUGCUAGAGAAGGUAAUUGCACCAAAACCACCCCAAGGAUGUCAUCAACCCCUCUGAGCGCUCAGGGUUAAAUUUUUCCUGUUUUUUUUUUUUCAAACCUUUGCCAACAUUUUUUUUUUUUUGAGAAAUGUUGAUUGUUCAGAGGGCUUUCUACCGUCUUCUCUACCCUACCCUCAGUCUUUGCCUUCACGUUUACACUGAUUAGUUUUUUUUACUUUCUGUAAGUUAAAGGAAAAACUUUAAACAAAAAAAAACACAAAAUACAAAAAUUAACGUUGUAAAUAAAAUCUUAACAUUUUGA